GGCUGGGACCAGCAUCACUGCGGAGCCGUCCGUGCUCCGUUAUCCCUCGCUCAGGCACCGAGCUCCCGGCUGGGGGGGACGGGACAGGAAAGGAGGCCCCUUGGGAAGCAGCUUCCUCUCGCUGGGUCGUGGCCAGCAUUCCCAGCUCCCGGUGUCACACCCUCUCCCAGCUGUUGCUGCCGGAGCAUCGUGCUGCCAAGAGAGCCCCGGCGAUGGAUGCUCCGUGACUCCUUCCCCUCCCCUCGCCCUUAAAGCCGGCGGGGAGCGAGCGGUGCUGUGCCUGCAGCAGGGGCCAUACGGAGCCUUCAGCUCAGCAGCUCCUCUUCCUCGCCAGCCACGGGGUGACCCUGGUACCCCGACAUCAUCCUCCCCGGCACGGAGCAUGGCACUGCAUGAGCUCUGUCCCUAGACCUGUGUGGAAGGAGCCGCCUGUGUGCUGUGGGACACUGAACUGCUGCUACUCCCCAAAUCCCACCGGGCAUCUGCUGGAGAGGAGAGCAGAAGCACAGAGAAGCAUCACCACCAGCCAGCGCAGGACUGGCCGGGCUGUGGUUUGUGUUCAGAUAAUGGCGCUUUCCAAUUUGUCCAAUUACUUGGAUGAUGUUGAUAACUACAGUGACUACCCAGAUUACACCUAUGAGGAGACCAGCAGCGUGUGGACAGACCCAUCCCACGACCCAAAGGACAUUGCGAGGAUCCUCUCUGUCAUCAUCUACAGCGUGUCCUGCGUGUUGGGCAUCCUGGGGAACGGCCUUGUCAUUGCAAUCAUAACUCUGAAGAUGAAGAAGUCGGUCAAUGCCAUCUGGUUCCUCAACCUGGCCGUUGCUGACUUCCUCUUCAACAUCUUCCUGCCCAUAAACAUUGCUUACACCGCCAUGAGGUACAACUGGAUAUUCGGGACAGUCAUGUGCAAGCUCAACUCCUUCCUCCUCAUCCUCAACAUGUACACCAGUGUCCUUCUGCUCACCACCAUCAGCUUUGACCGCUACGUGUCAGUGGUUUUCCCCGUCUGGUCUCAAAACCAUCGGUCGACCAACUUAGCCUAUUUAGUUUGCUUGAUCAUCUGGACCAUCGGCAUCAUUAUGAGCUGCCCGUCUCUUGUCUUCCGAGACACUGCACAAGCCCGUAACUCCGUGAUCUGUUUCAGCAACUUUUCCCUCUCCAGGAAUAAGUCUUACCAAGCCCUGGCCCUGAUGAGGCACCGAACAGUGAACAUCACCAGGUUCCUCGCCGGCUACAUCCUCCCCAUAACCAUCAUCACGUUCUGCUACAUCGCCAUCGUCUUCAACUUGCGCCGGAACCGCCUCGCCAAGUCCAAAAAGCCCUUCAAGAUCAUCGUCACCAUUAUAGUCACCUUCUUCCUUUGCUGGAGUCCCUACCACCUGCUGAACCUCCUGGAAACAGAGCCCGACAUGGUCCCACGCUCCGUGUUCGAGAUCAGCAUCCCCAUAACCACGGCGCUCGCUGCCUCCAACAGCUGCAUGAACCCGGUCCUCUAUGUCUUCAUGGGCCAGGACUUCAAGAAGUUUAAGGUCACCAUCCUUUCCAGGCUGGUGAAUGCCCUCAGCGAGGAGACGGGACACUCCAGCAUCGUCCACAGGAGCUUCUCCAAGAUGUCCUCAAUGACUGAGAAGGAAACAACAGUCCUCUAAACUCAACCUGGAUGCCCGCAGGAGGGCCAUAGCCCUCUGCUGUUGCCCAUGCUCACCACUGUGAUGGUGGCCACCCUUGCAAUGGCCCCUUGUUUGGGACAAGCACGGUCCAACGCUGUCCUGUAAGUGUAUUCUUUGACUGGUCUUGGCUGCCUGGGGGCUGGCAGGGGUUGGAACUGCCACUUCAUGUACAUGGAGAAGAUGCAACUGCCCUUACUCUUUCUUGGCAAUUGCAAAGAUUGUUGCACCAAACUACUUAAGGAAACAUUUCAGGGCAUUCCUGUCUAAAUAAUGCAUUGCCUGGCCUGGCAAAGGCAUUCCUGCCACUUCCAGAGACAUUCUUAUGGGGAGAUUGGGCAGAGGAUGUGUCUAGGAAGGCAUCUCCACUGCCAGGCUCCUGAGAUGGGUGGCUGGGUGGGCACCCACCAUGGAUGAUACCUGUUAUGGCAAAAUGUGACACUCUUCCUAUGUCCUAUGUAUACAUAUAGCUACUCAUGUUAAAGUCCUAAAGUAUAUUGGUACUACCACAAUGGUUUUAGCUGUGUUGUGAGCACUUUGUACCCAUAGAGGCCCUGGGAAGAGCCUUCAUAAGAGGGAUUUGAAUAUCCCAACCAGGAAAUCCGGCAUGUCUUCUAAGUAAUUCAGACCCAGGGCCUGGCUCCAUUGAUGGCUGCUCCCUGGUGUGAUCAGUCAGCCCUAUGGGAUGAGUUUGUCCUUCCCAACCAGGCAGUAAUCCCAUCUCUGCUGCUGCACACAAAUCUCUGCGGUGAGGGAUGGACCGAGCCACUGCCUCUAUCCAAUUUCAUGCACAGUUAAGUUGGGAGAUCCUUCACCAUUUGGCCUUCUUGACUACGACACCGGUGUCACACUUAUUUAUGUGUUGGUUUCUCUGUGUCACCCACAGCCUUUCACUCCCAAAGCGAGGAAUGACCGAGUCCUCCCGUUGUUUAGGGUGCAGGAGCAGAGCUGAUCCCUGCAGCCAGGUUUGGCACCAGGGACAUUUCAGGGGGUUCCUGAGGGUUCCAGCUCAAGCAAUGCUUUAUGCACGGGCUGACAUGGGGGCAAUUGCGAGCUGGUCACAAAUGCUGAGCUAUUUAUUGAUAGCUUAUUUAAAAAGCUAUAGAAAGCAGCUUUUUUUAAAGCUAUUUAGAAAUAGAAAAAGAAGUGAAGAAGCAAAAGGCAUGGAGCUAUUUCCAGGCUCCCAUCAGCAGCAGCUCAUGCCAGACACUGAUAUAAACCCAAUCACAAAGCCUCAGUAAUUGAGCUGCAGCCCUGAGCUGCGGGAAUGCCAUGGAUAAUAGCGGAUGCUGCGGCGGGAGCUGGAUUUGAGACAGAUUAUCAGGCAUCCCAUCCACCCCCUGCACUGCCUCAUGGAUCUACCUUGAUCUGCAUCACCUCAUUAGCAUCAAUGUGAUGGGGAGAGGGGAGCACCUGCAUCCCAUGAAGCUGUUUUUCCUCUCCCAUUACACUGCAGCAUCCCUGGGACAGGGAUGUGAUGGAUCAGGUGUGUUUGGCUGCAGUUUUGGUGCUGCUGAUGGUGUGUGCUGGGGUGUGUUUGUCCUCAAUGACGGAGGAUGCUGAAAAGUGGGGUGCAGGAGGGGUGGGCGGGUGUAUCCUAAAAAUAAGGGGUGUCCAGCCUCAGCCCAGGAGCAGAAUGCAGCAGGGCAUGGGGAUUAUAAGGGAAAUGAAUGGCAGCUGGUGAUGCUGCCUGUUGGGUGCUGCUAUCUAUAAGAUGGGGUGGCUGCAGGGCACCCAACUGCAGGCGUCUCCAUGUCUCCUAGGGCUGGGAACCAUCGGGAUGAGCAGUGCUGGCUGUGUCCCCAGGGAGCAGUGCCCAAUCCCUGGGCUCCACCACAGUGCUGAGCUGCCUGCAGGGACCAUCCACAGAGUUUUCUGCACAAAUGUGCCUGAUCCGUAGCCUUGGAAGAUGCUGUAACCGAGGAUGCUGCAGGGGAGGAAGGCUUUGAUGGUGGGAGGAGGUUCUCCUCUCUGGGCAGCCCAUGUCCCUUGGGGAUGCAGUGCCAUGCUAUUGCCCCUUGGUCUUGUGCUGGGAUGCUCCCAGGCCAUACCAGAGUGGGGAUGCUCCUCACUAAUUUCCAUGGCUGGAAUUGGCAAGCCCAUCUAUUAUUGCUGCAAACAGCUUUCAAACAAGAGAGUGAUGGCUCAGUGUAUAACCUUGGGUUAAAUCAUCAUUAUACUGACAGCUUGGGAGACCUAAUAUUUGAGUUUGCCUUUGUAGCUGUUUGCCUAUUUAAUAAAACCCCUGUUUUACAUACAAAUACACCCGUACGCACUCAAGCUUGUUGCAUGGAGCAGGAAGGAUCCCAGGGCUUUUCAGUAAGCAGUCGCUUCCUAGUGUGAAUUCCUGAUCACUGGCAUUGAAUUCGGGAUUGCAGGAAGACAGGCAGGAGCAGAGGGGCACAGAGAUGCAGGGCUGAGGCUUUAAGUCUGAGAUGGUAGCGUGGUGCUCCAAGCCUGUCCUAUGGGGGAUCUAAAGAUGCUCCUUGUGGGUUUCCCCCUUUAAUCUGCCUCUGCAGAGGUCAAAUGGCUCUUUAGGGAGAAAAAAGUAUUGUGCAUAGGACCUGUCUGCAUCUCCCGAUCACCUCCUGCACCCCAUAACCCCCCAUAGACCCACCCUGCCUCUGAGGCUGUUCUUAGGGGAACGAGGCAGCAGGAGGGGGUCAAAUCCUUCACCCCCACCCUAACAUCCAUCCAAACACCCUGGUACAAGCAGCACGUUGCUGCUCCACCCCUCCCACUGCUGGUUCUCCCCAUCCCGGCAGGUUUGGGGUGAGGAUGGGAAGGGAAGGGAGAAACCCCUCAAGUUUAGGUGCUGAACCUUGUAACCUGCCAAGCACCGAGCGAGCCCCCCCCCCCGGGGAACGUCAGUGAUUCCUGUUCCCGUGUCACCCAUCAAGGCAGGCAGGAAUAGAUCAAACAAAGAGCAUUAAAAAUGCAGGUAUACAAAACAGAAACAGGACAAGAAAUACUCAUCUCCAAACUCCAGCAGCAGAACCUCUUCAGCCAGGCUUUUCUUUCCCUUUGGCAGAAGGGCAAAGAAAUGCAGCUCAAUAUUGCCCCAAAUCCUCUGAUAUUCCCUAAAUACUGCCAGAGCCACUGCCACAGCCCCAGCAUCUCAUGGGGAUGGGGAAGAUUCAUCCUUUCUUUUCUGCAGUCCCACAUAUUUUGUUCCUUUAGGGGAGGGAAUGUUGGCUGCAGUCCAUGUCGGCUGCAGCCCCCUACGGUGAUGGGAAGGUCCAGUAUAUUAAAUGAUGAGUCCUUGGAGGUGUCCCGCAGAUUCGCUAUCACCCUGGUCUUGCAGGGACUGAUAUACACAGCUGGGUGAUGUCCUUAGCUAUGAAUUAAUGCCAUCCUCUUGAUUAAUGCUGGUGGGAGGUUAAUGGCUCGAGGGUGAUGUGCAAAAGCUGUAAUUAGCGUCCAGGGAAUGGGCUCGGUUGGGGCUGCAGCUCCAGGGCUGGGUGACACAACCAGCCCUGCUCCGUGCCAGCACAGCAGCAGCCGGGGGCCUGCAGCCCCUUUUGGGGCAGGAACAGGGGAAAUCGGUAACUGGGUUUAGCAUCUAAGGCUCAAGAAGUGAGUGGGAUGUGGAGCCACCAGCAUGAGACCUGCAGUUAAGGAUCUGAGGGUAGGUCAGGGAUGGAGGGGAAAAAAGAGCAGCAGGUUUCAGAGCUGGGACACUGAUGCCCCUCCCCAGCUAUAGAGCCCCAAAUCCCAUCCCAGGACCUCCAUUCCCAUCCCUCCAACUCCAACCCCCAUCCCAGGAUCUCCAUCCCCAGCCCUAGAACCCGCUCCCCACUUCUGCUUCCUGUAAUUCCCCACCACUUUCAGGGCCCCAAAACUCGGGGCUGGGUCUCAUUUCACACAAGCAGUUGGGAAAUGACUCCCAAAUACACCAAACCCAUCUCUGUGGAACACAUUACUGUCCUUAAUGACUGCUCUUUUUCAAUUAGCUGUCACAGCCCUGAAAUAAAGCUGUGCCUCCCUUCUCUGAUAAAUCACUGCCUUUAUUUGGAAUUGGAAUCAAAAAGAAAAGGAAUAAACACGUUGCUCUUUCCCUUUCCUGGGUGCCAGGCAGCUUGGAGCCAUGGUUAAAUUAUCUCCAUUCCAUUCAGGCAGAUUGUCAACUGUAAAUUUUAUGGAAAAUAGUAAAGCUGAUAAAUAAACAUGCCUCUUUUGUCAGGGAUGAAUA